AUGACAGGCAAACGGCUUUCCGACGACCGCCGGCAAAUCCUAGCCAAGCUCCUGCAGAUCGAGAAGCUCACGAACCACGACAUUGCCUUUGUCCUCAACGUGGACGAGAGGACGAUCCGGCGACGGAGAUAUGAGUUUGCAACGACUGGAAGCCUGGCAAAGGCUAGGGACGUUAGCAAAAACGCCGAGAAGCUGAGGGACGAGCAUCUCAAGAAGCUCCAGGCGUGGUUGAAAGGCCACGACGACGCACUGCUGGAAGAUAUGCAGCUGUUCUUGAGGGAGCAGUGCGGUCUCGAAGUGAGCAUCCCGACCAUCAGCAGAAAGCUUAAAAAGGCCUCUGGGGUCUAUAGGACUCAUGGCCGCCGGCACCGUAUGAAGGUUCGGGACUUGCGUGAAGCAGAGGGACGCGCCCUCGACCUUGAACUCCCCGCUAAGGAAGGCGGGGUGGGCGAUCAGCAGCCAGCAGCCAGGGCCCCAGACCCGCAGGAGGAGGCGGCUAGGUCGGCUAGGGAAUUACCAGUGGCCCCUAAGCCUAGGCCUAGGCCCGAGCCCGCUGUGGAAUGA